CCCGUCGCCUUCCCCAGUGGCCCCCUCCGCGUUGUCACCCCCGCGGGGGGCUGUGGCACCGCCGAGGGGGUUCCAGCGAAGACACCCGUCCCCAGGAUGAUGUCAUCUCAAAUGGUGUCUGCUCAGCCUUUCUAGUAACCGAGCAUUUAACCCAGCGUUCCCCAAAAUAUUGUGGAUUUUCGCUUUGGGAGUGCAGCUAGUGAAACGGGAAACAGCUAUGGGACUCGGCUUCUAGAAGGCGCUUGUUACACCCUGAUUAGAUCUAAGCUUAAAAUGAUUCACUCCCUGAGGGAGCCAGAACACCAGAGCCAUCAGGCCGUGACUCCAGGGGACUGCUCUGCCUGCUGCCUCCAACCAGACCCGUUCUUGCGACAGCGGGCCUCUCAGGGUGGAAAAAAUCCACACCAAAGAGCCAAGGAGCCAGGAAGGCAGCCCUGCUGAGAGGAUGCGGGGUGGGUGUGCCCUCCGCCACUGAAGUGUGUGUAUAGAAACUCCUUUGACUCACAGGGCAUCCCCUUUUAUUAACUGUAGAAGCCAGUCUCUUGCCCGGUGUUUUGUUUUUUCCUUGUUAUCCACCAAAUAGUUGACCUUGUGAUUUUUAUUACCUGAGGUUUAACGUACAUUUUGUGGAAUUUUUAUAAUCUCAUUUACUGGUAAGUCCAUUCUCAUCUCAGACUAGAGUUGGAGACCGGGCUGGUUACCCUGGAAGGUUAGCAGACCGUCUGUUCCUCCCCCUGCCCUGCAGAAAUAGGUGUGGAAACACACCUCAGAUCAGUGCUUUUACAAGUAGGGCACUUUUCUGUUUUUUUGUCCAAGACAAUAUUAUUCGUAAUCAUAAGAUGUUUUGUAAAACUAAGUGUAUGUGUGUCUGUGUGUGUUACUAUUGAGAGCACCCCGCAGGCAAAGGCUUAUCAGUUGCUGUCAAGUCAACUCCAAGUCAUAGCUGCCCCACGUGUGUCAGAGUAGAGCUAUGCUCCACAGGGUUUUCGAUGGCUGAUUUUUCAGAAGUAGACCACCAGGCCUUUUUUCUGAGGUGCAUCUGGGUGGACUCAGACUUUCAGCCUCUCAGUUAGCAGCGAGCGCGUUAACCAUUUAUGCCACCCAGGUACUCCUAGCAGCCUUAAAUAAGCUAUGACUUCUGCCCCCAAUUCUUGAAGAUCGCGCUGCACGUGGCCUACUGCAGGACUGGGACGGUGAGCUUCAGAGUUGUUUUCCUACAGCAGAUCACACGCUCAUUGGAUACACGUUUGUGCCAGGUCUUAUCUUUGACUAGAUGGUCCCUGCCACACGUGAAGUGCUUGGUACGCUUUGGUUGACUGACAGUAUGUAGACCAGGCUUCCUCUACCUCAGCACUGUUGACGUUUGGGUCACCCUUUGUUGUAGGGACUGUCCUGUGGAUUGUAGGAUGUUCAGCAGCUCCCUGGCGUCUACACACUAGAUGCCAGUGGCAUUCCCUACCCAAGUGUGAUAACCAAAAAUGUCUGCAGAUAUUGACAAGUAUGUUCUGGGGAGCAAAAUUGCCCCUGAUUGAGAACCACUAGUGUAGACCAAUGAGUAAAACGAUUCCUACCCUGAAGGAGCUUGAAUAAGAAGGGUUGUCUGAUCCUGGGGGAGCCAGGUCUCUGCUCAGCAUGGCCCUUUCCUCAGAAACACUGCUGCCAUCUCUCAUUUCAAUUACCCUGUCAUAGCCAUAGCACUUGUACUGAACUGCUCUCCAUAGCAGUUGCCGUCAGCUCAUGGGGCUACAUGUCUGAGUUUGUGUCUCCUAGACUGUAAAUGCCAUGAGGGCAGGGACCAUCUGUCUCCUGUGCCUGUCACGAUGCCUGGCAUAUAGUGUGCACUUCUCAUGGUGCCUGGCACGUGGUGUGUGCUGAGUAAAUCAAUAGAUGAGUGAGCCAGAGAACACCCCCUUGGAGGUGACUCUGAGGUUGAUUUUUGGAAAUGUUUAAAGGACACUUCAGGCAGAGAGGUGGCAGGGGUAAAGGCCAGGAUGUGCGUGGACAAGCAGGGAGUUAAUGUUCUUGGCAAAGUGUUGGCCGGUGGCUGGAGGUGGGGCCAGAGAGUGAGGCCGGGCAGAGUUGGUGUGACUUGGUUCCUGAUGCAGGGAGAGGGGUCAUUCUUCCCCACCUGGGCCCCUGAUUUUGUGUGCACAUUGUUCAGUGAUGUGGGUGAGCGAGGAAUAGCCAGGCUCGCUGUGGAGAGGGCAGUGAGCUGGCCAUCCAGGGGCUUGACCUUGACUCACCAGCUCCAUGACCGGAAGCCAACAGCUACUGAGCCUCAGUUUCCUCAACUGACAUACGAGAGGGUGGAGUUUGAGCUCAAAUAUCAGUAAAGUCUGCUUCAGGUAUAAAAUUGCAACUCCUUUUUACCUUCCUGAAAUGUUGUUGUUGUCAGGUGCCGUCGAGUCGGUUCUGACUCACAGUGACCCCACGUACAACAGAAUGAAACACCGUCCAGUUCCGCACCAUCCUCGCAGUCCUUACUAUGGUUGAGCCCGUUGUUGCAACGAUCGUAUCAGUCUCUUUGAGGGUCUUCCUCUUUUUCGCUAACACUCUACUUAACCAAGCAUGGUGCCCUUCUCUAGGGACUGGUCCCUCCUGAUGACAUGUCCAAAGUCUAGCCUUCCUUGCUUCUAAGGAGCAUUAUGGCUGUACUUCUUCCAAGACAGAUUGGUUCAUUUUUCUGGCGGUCCAUAGUGUAUUCAGUGUUCUCCGCCAACACCUUAAUUCAAAGACAUCAAUUCUUCCUUGGCCUGCCUUAUUCAUUGUCCAGUUUUCACAUGCAUAUGAGGUGAUUAGAAAUACCAUGGCUUGGGUCAGGCGCACCUUAGUCCUCAAAGUGAUAUCUUUGCUUUUCAACACUUUAAAGAGGUCUUUUGCACCAGAUUUGUCCAACGUGGUGUGUUUGAUUUCUUGAUUACUGCUUCCAUGGGUGUUGAUUGUGGAUCCGGGUAAAAUGAAGUCCUUGACAACUUCGGUCUUCUCCAUUUAUCAUGAUGUGGCUUGUUAGUCUAGUCAUGAGGAUUUUUGUUUUCUUUAUGUUGAGGUGUAGUCUUUCAUCUUCAGUAAGUGCUUCAAGUCCUCCUCACUUUCAUGGGGUUGUGUCAUCUGCGUAUUGCAGGUCAUUAAUGAGUCUUCCUCUGAGCCUGUUGCCAUGUUCUUCAUACAGUCCAGUUUCUUGAAUUAUUUGCUCAGCAUACAGAUUGAAUAAGUAUGGUGAAAUGAUACAAUCCUGGUGGACACCUUUCCUGAUUUCUAACCACGCGGUCUCUCCUUGUUCUGUUCUAACAACUGCCUCUUGGUUUAUGUACAGGUUCCUCAUGAGCACAGUUAAGUGUUCUGGAAUUCCCAUUCUUCUCAGUGUUAUCCCGUAGCAUGAGCAGAAGUGAACACACCCUAGGUUUGCAAAGGUGCUCCCUGCUGGGCCAUGUGGGCCUGUGGCCCUGUGGAUUCCUUAGCUCAACAGUUCACUUCCUAUUUAACUGACGUCAAUCCAGGGGCCGCUCGCGUGAGCUCAGCGUGUGGGAGUUACUGAGGUGUCUGUUUCUUUGUUUUUAAUUGACAUUAAAGAAAGUUCUAGUCCUUUUAUUUCUUUACAGUUUCCAACAAGAAAACCUGUAUUUUGAAAUAGUCAUGAAUUCACAGGAAGUUGCAGAGAAACGUACGGGGGGCCCCACAGCACCCUUCGUCCCGCCUCCCCCAGCGCCAGCACCUUCGGUAGCCAGCACCUUCGGUAACGACUACAGCGCCGUUUCAUCGCCGGGAAGCUGACGCUGGUGCACGUACUGCGCGUAGUCGGAUUUCACCAGUGUUACCUGCGCUCAUUUGUUUGCGUAUUUCUGGGCAGUUUCAUCGCGGGUGUAGCUUGGUGUUAGCCCCACUGCGGUCAGGGUACACAACUGUUCCAUCAACACGAAGCCCCUGUGCCACCCCUUUAUAGCCAGCCCAUCCGUGGCAACUGCUGAUCUGUUUUCCCUCUCUGUAAUUUUGUGAUUUCAGGACAUUCUGUAGGUGGAAGCAUACUGUACAUGACCUGUUGAGAUUGGCUCUUUUCACUCAGCGUAAUUCCCUUGAGGUCCAUCCGGAGUAUUGCGUUAAUUGGGUUAUAUUGAAGCAAUGAAUUCCAAGAAAAACAACUGCUGAAACGGGGCAAUGAGGCAAAAGUAAAGAAGCAGAAAUAAAGAGGAUAAAUAAAGAACUGGCAAACAUUAGAUCAAAAUUUAAAGGUGACAAGGCUCUUGAUGGCUAUAGCAAAAAAAAAUACGUCUGCAAGUUGCUUUUCAUCUUUCUUCUGGGCCACGACAUUGACUUUGGACACAUGGAGGCGGUGAACCUGCUGAGUUCUAACAGAUACACGGAGAAGCAGAUCGGCUAUCUUUUCAUCUCUGUGUUGGUGAACUCCAACAGUGAGCUGAUCCGCUUGAUCAAUAAUGCCAUCAAGAAUGACCUGGCGAGCCGGAACCCCACCUUCAUGGGCCUGGCGCUACACUGCAUCGCCAAUGUGGGCAGCCGCGAGAUGGCUGAGGCGUUUGCCGGGGAGAUUCCCAAGAUCCUGGUGGCCGGGGACACCAUGGACAGCGUGAAGCAGAGCGCUGCCCUGUGCCUCCUGCGCCUCUACCGGACGUCCCCUGACCUGGUGCCCAUGGGUGACUGGACGUCCCGAGUGGUGCACCUCCUCAAUGACCAGCACCUGGGCGUGGUGACUGCUGCCACAAGUCUGAUCACCACACUAGCACAGAAGAAUCCGGAAGAGUUCAAAACCUCUGUCUCCUUGGCUGUCUCCAGACUAAGCAGAAUCGUGACGUCUGCAUCGACGGACCUUCAGGACUACACCUACUACUUUGUCCCGGCCCCUUGGCUGUCGGUGAAGCUCCUAAGGUUGCUGCAGUGCUACCCGCCCCCAGAAGAGCCCGCAGUGCGAGGCCGCCUGACAGAGUGCUUGGAGACGAUCCUUAACAAGGCCCAGGAGCCACCAAAGUCAAAGAAAGUCCAACAUUCAAACGCCAAGAAUGCUGUGCUGUUCGAGGCGAUAAGUUUAAUCAUUCACCAUGACAGUGAGCCCAACCUGCUUGUCCGCGCCUGCAACCAGCUGGGCCAGUUCCUGCAGCACCGUGAGACCAACCUGCGCUACCUGGCACUGGAGAGCAUGUGCACGCUGGCCAGCUCCGAAUUCUCCCACGAGGCCGUCAAGACACACAUCGAGACCGUCAUCAAUGCCCUGAAGACGGAGCGGGAUGUGAGCGUGCGGCAGAGGGCCGUGGACCUGCUGUAUGCCAUGUGUGACCGCAGCAAUGCCCAGCAGAUCGUGGCAGAGAUGCUGAGCUACCUGGAGACGGCCGACUACUCCAUCCGCGAGGAGAUUGUGCUCAAGGUGGCCAUCCUGGCAGAGAAGUACGCCGUGGACUACACGUGGUACGUGGACACCAUCUUGAACCUCAUCCGUAUCGCGGGCGAUUAUGUCAGCGAGGAGGUGUGGUACCGCGUCAUCCAGAUUGUCAUCAACAGGGACGAUGUGCAGGGCUAUGCUGCCAAGACCGUGUUUGAGGCUCUCCAAGCACCAGCGUGCCAUGAAAAUCUGGUGAAAGUGGGCGGCUACAUCUUAGGGGAGUUCGGAAACUUGAUAGCUGGGGACCCAAGAUCCAGCCCCCUGAUCCAGUUCAGCCUGCUCCACUCCAAGUUCCAUCUGUGCAGCGUCCCCACCAGGGCACUUCUCCUGUCCACCUACAUCAAGUUCGUCAACCUGUUCCCAGAGGUGAAGGCCACUAUCCAGGACGUACUGCGCAGUGAUAGCCAACUCAAGAAUGCUGACGUGGAGCUGCAGCAGCGUGCCGUGGAGUACCUGCGGCUCAGCACCAUUGCCAGCACUGACAUCUUGGCCACUGUCCUGGAAGAGAUGCCUCCGUUCCCAGAGCGCGAGUCCUCCAUCCUGGCGAAGCUCAAGAAGAAGAAGGGCCCAGGCACAGUGACAGACCUGGAGGAGACCAAGCGGGAGCGGAGCACCGAUGUGAACGGGGGUGCCGAGCCCGCCCCUGCCAGCGCCAGCACUGCGUCUACUCCAUCGCCGUCGGCAGACCUCCUGGGUCUCGGGGCAGUGCCCCCUACUCCCGCAGGCCCCCCACCCUCCUCCGGCGGUGGUGGGCUACUCGUGGACGUGUUCUCGGACUCGGCUUCGGCGGUCGCACCUCUGGCUCCCGGCUCCGAAGAUAACUUCGCCAGGUUCGUCUGUAAAAAUAACGGUGUGCUAUUUGAGAACCAGCUGCUUCAAAUAGGACUUAAAUCGGAAUUCCGGCAGAAUUUAGGUCGGAUGUUUAUAUUUUAUGGUAACAAGACCUCCACACAGUUCUUAAAUUUUACUCCAACGCUGAUCUGUUCAGAUGGCCUCCAGUCCAAUCUGAACCUUCAGACCAAGCCCGUGGACCCAACCGUGGACGGGGGUGCGCAGGUGCAGCAGGUGGUCAACAUAGAGUGCCUCUCUGACUUCUCCGAGGCGCCGGUCCUCAACAUUCAGUUCAGGUACGGGGGAACCUUCCAGAACGUGUCUGUAAAGCUGCCCAUCACACUCAACAAGUUUUUCCAGCCCACGGAGAUGGCGUCUCAGGAUUUCUUCCAGCGCUGGAAGCAGCUGAGCAAUCCGCAGCAAGAAGUGCAGAACAUCUUCAAAGCCAAGCACCCGAUGGACACGGAGAUCACCAAAGCCAAGAUUAUCGGGUUUGGUUCUGCACUCCUCGAAGAAGUUGAUCCUAAUCCUGCAAAUUUUGUGGGUGCUGGUAUUAUCCACACCAAAACCACCCAGAUUGGAUGCUUGCUGCGCCUGGAGCCCAACCUGCAAGCCCAGAUGUACCGGCUCACCGUGCGGACCAGCAAAGACACUGUCUCCCAGCGACUGUGCGGGCUGCUGUCAGAGCAGUUCUAGGCCCCGGGCGUGGGCUGGCUUGUCCCUGUGCGUCCCCAUCCUGACCGUCAUCUCCAUCACCACCCUAAAAACCAGCGUCCCGGUCUGGGCACCUCCUGCCCUCUCCAGCCCUGUCCCGGGGGCCGUGGACAGAAGGACAGGUGUGCAUCUGGGAAGAGUGGCCCAACCGCAGUGCCACACGCAGGGCAGCCGUGUGUCCUGGGUCCACUUCUGCAGAAACUCAGGACACGUCCCUGGCUAAGUCUGCAUAUUAAAGGGAAUCAGACAUGUGACUAGAACUGGAAUUUUCUUGCAGUUUUAUAGAGCUGCCCUGCUCUGUGGUGACCAUCAGCUCUGGACCUGGAGGAACAGCGCGUUUGUGGGUGGGGAGCCGGAGCCUCAGUCAGGCUGUAGCUGUUUGGGUGGCUGAGAGACCACGGGCUGGGCGUGCCGAGGUGUGGAGAGCACCGUGUGGCUAGGCAUGGUCCUUGACCUUGAGUGGGAGCAGCUGCCUACAAUGUUCUGUGGCAGCCAGCACCCAUGGGGCAGUUUCUCUGGGGCAAGUUUUAAAAUCUCUAAAUCAGAAACGUUUGUGUUUUUAAUGACUCUGUUAGCAAAAAUGUUUAUCCCGGCUAGAUUUACUCCUGUGGUUUCCUCUUCCUAAUACCACUGUUCUGAAA